AAAAGUGGCCUUACCUUGUUGGUUCAGUUUAGCCGUAGCUCUCCAAGAUAACAGAGUGAAGAAGCACCGUAUAUUGUGCCAGUAUACACCGCAGCCAGCGGCGAUAACUGUGGUCUGCGCUGUGGACGGGCAAGUCAAUUUUCGGUUCAGGGCUUCUCCUCUUCUUAUUCAGAUUAGACUUCAUACCAAACGUAUGGAGACGUCUUUGAGAUAUGGAGGAGACUCCAAAGCUCUGAGAAUCCAUGCCAAGGAAAAAUUUCCUCUCGAUUCUAUAACCCGCUUGCAGGUUCAUGGAGCCCUAGAUACAAGAAUUGGGGCGCCAAGCUAUUUUAGUGCAAUGAUAAGACGCUUCUACCCAGAUUUGUCAGCCAGCCUUGGUGUGGGAUUGCAGUACGAUAAACAUGAGAAGCUCACAUACAGAAUGCGAGCAAAGAAAGCCUUUCCUGUGACUAGUGAUGGUUUGUUAAGCUUCAAUAUUAAGGGAUGGUGCAAUAUUGACAAAGAAUUUAAAGAGAGGAAGUCAAAAGGAGCUGCAGAAUUUGCUUGGAGCAUAUUUAAUUUUCAGAAAGACCAAGACGUUAGGUUCAAAAUUGGGUAUGAAGUGGUGGAUAAGGUUCCUUACGUGCAGAUUAGGGAAAAUAACUGGACCCUCAAUGCUGACAUGAAUGGUAGAUGGAAUGUGAGAUUUGAUUUGUGAGUAUGAAUCGGCAUAUCUUUGGAGGCAUGAUAUGUGAGAUACACAAUGAGUUGGUUUAUGCCAGUCUACCAAAGAGUUCUGACGUAAAUGUUGUCGCUGUCUCACUGGGUGAUUGUGAAGGCCAAACUCUUGAACUUAAAUGUUACCUGGAACUAUGAUUCGUCCCUCUUUUUAUGUCAAGCCAUAUUUUCUUGUUUCAAAUAUUGGUGAUUUUAUUGACUAUUACUCUGAAUGUUCUAUAUUCCAUCAUAUCAGUGAUUGCCUAACGAUAUGUCAUAGAGAUUAUUGGUUUAA